AUGGUUGUUAGUGGGUUGAAAAUGGUGGUGGUAGUGUGGGGUGUUGGAGCCAAGAACAAGGGAGGAGAAGGGGAGUUGUCACAUCGUUACAUUGGGCCGUUUAAUAUAUUGGCUCGAGUUGGAAGGGUUGCAUAUCGAAUAGAAUUACCAUCUACACUAGACGGGAUCCACAAUACCUUCCAUGUAUCGCAAUUGAGGAAGUGUCUUGCGGAUGAGACAACAGUAGUGCCUCUUGAUGACAUCGAGUUGGACGAGGGGUUAAAUUAUGUCAAAAGACCAAUAGCCAUUAAAGACGUUAAGGUGAAGAAUCUUCGCAAUAAAGCCGUUAGACAAGUGUUUGUUCAAUGGCAACACCGUAAGGGGUCGGAACUUACAUAG